UCAUAUUGGGUUUGUAGCCUGGCAGUGGGGGAGGCCUAAUGCAUUUGAUUUAGGUCCAGUAGGGUAGUGUAUUCCUGGGUAUUUGUGUGUGUUGAGGAUGUGGGUUGACAUGCCUACGGAGUUUCUAGGUUUGAGAGGUUCAGCUUAGAUCUUGUAGAUGGAGAGUAUUAAGAGUUUGACGAAGAAGUUGAGUGGGUUUUGCAUGCGAGAUAGGUUUUGACAUUUGGUUUCCUAUCAGUGGAAUUCAGUCGGUAGCAGGUACUUGUGGUUAUGUGCAUGAAAGGUCAUUGCAAUGAGAAGCCUCGGUCUGCGAAAUGUGGUGCUCUUUGUGUGCCUCCUUUUUCUGAUCGCACCAGGGUACAGCUAUCGUUUAUCGGAUGCCUUGAAGUCGAAUCUCAGAGUUGGAGACCGGAACAUCCUACGAUUUUCCGCGCAGCACGGGCACCUUAACCCCAGUAGGGAGAGAGCGCAGCUGCUGCAAACCUCCUUAUGGCAGCAAACGAAGGCCAUGUCUGCUGAGGAAGGUCGCUUGCGGGACAAGAGGAAUGGGGUUAACUCCAGAGUACUGUAUGUGACGGAUUACAAUGCUGAUCCCUCGGGUCAAUAUGAUAGCACCCGAGCAUUACAGACCGCUAUUAAUCAGGCUUUCAACAUGGCUACCAAACACGAGCUUCUUCCUGGAAUUCCAGAUCUUGGUGGCGUCGAGAUUCAUUUGGAAGGAGGCGAUUAUCUUAUCAGCCACCCUCUUCGGUUCCCUGGGAAGAGCGGGGGAAAUCUUGUGAUCCAUGGUGGUACCCUUAGGGCAACGUCGAAUUUUCCACGAGAUGGAUACUUAAUUGAGCUUUGGUCUUCUCAGUCUGAGAGCCUCAGAGCGAAUCAAACGAAAAGUUCACUUCGGGAACGGAAGGGUCGGAGUUUGCCUCUAUCCAAGGAAUUUGUGGCGUAUGAAGAUAUUAUCAUAAGGGAUCUCUUGUUGGACGGUAAUUUCAGGGGUGGAGGACUACUUGUCGUGGAUUCUAUCCGCGUCACCGUGGAAAAUGUGUACGUAGCUCACUUCGAAACGGAUGGCAUCUUGGUGGAGGGUGGUCAUGAGAAUGUAAUUCGCGAUUCGUUUAUCGGUCAAUUUAUCACAGCUGGUGGUGAUCCGAGAGAGUCGGACUUCACGGGAAUUGGAAUCAACCUCAUUAGCAAUGACAACGUUGUUGCUGAUGUGGUUAUCUUCUCAGCUGCCUAUGGGGUUUCUCUUAGUGGGGUGGGAAACUACAUUACAGGUUUGCACGCUUAUAAUAAAGCUACGAGUUUAGGAGGUGUGGGUAUCUAUCUGCAGUUGCCAGGUUUUUCUCAGACGCGGAUCGUUGGGUGUCACUUGGACAGCACAGGGAUUAUUGCUGAAGACCCCUUGCAGCUUGAAAUUACGAACAACUUCUUAUCGGGUGAUGCCAACAUCUUGCUGCGAGCAACUAAGAAAACCCACAGCAUUUCCUACCUUACCAUCACUGGCAACAUGUUUACUGGAAGCUCUCGUGGUGUUCCAAUUGUGGCGCUUGAUGAAUCCGCAGGCCGUUUUACCUCAGUGUAUGACACACUGGUGGACCAGAACACUGCUUAUGGUAUGGCUCUCAAGGCGACCAUCGCUAGGGCCACCCUUGCAUCUUCGUAUACGUGGCGUCUCAAUCUGAACGAGCGACUUCUUUUCAGAGAUUUCAUUCAAAAUACACAGUAUUCCCUCUAUAUUAACGGGAAGGACUUCCCAAAGCAUGUCUUGCGGAGUGUGAAGGACAACACUGUGGUUGUAGAUGCAGAUUCACGAGUGUCGGGUACUGUGUCUGUCUUGGUCGAUCAGAGCAGCGAUUCCCUCGUCCUUAGAUCCGGGAGCGAGGUCCCUGUGGACACUGGGGCUGUAGGCUCUAAAGCCUUGUUCUUUUGAUGAAAUGAUCACUGUCUGAAGUAUUGUUGUAGAUGCCUUGAUAAGAGGGUUUUAUGUGUAGUUUCUUUCGCACUUUAUAUGUAAGCCUGCUGUAAAUUGUAGUGUUAAUAAAAUAUAAAACGUUUGGUCUGCCUCUGACAAA